AUAACAGAUAAAUCACAUGGUUUUAUUGAUUGGAUUUUUUAAUGCUAUAUGAUUGGUUGGCCAAGUAUGUCAAGUGAACAUAUUGUUCAGUGACUAGGUAAAAUCAUUCUCUUAGGUUUUUCAUUUUUCGUUUGGUUCCUGUGACAAGAACCAAAUGAACAGAGGUCAUGCAGACAAUAAUCGUUGGAUUUACCCUUUUCUUAAUUAGCGUUUUCAAAACUGCAGAAUCUUAUACUCGAUGUUCAAAUAUUACUAAUGUGCAGCGUUUAGAUUGUUAUCCAAAUGUUGGUUCUAAUGAAGGUGAGUGCAUCAAAAGAGGAUGUUGUUGGGUACCUAGAAGUGAACAUGAUGGAUUGCCAUAUUGCUAUUUUCCAAAAGAUUAUUCUGCAUAUACUGUGAUAUCAACAGAGAAAACUAAACAUGGUUUUAUUGGACAACUGAGUAAAUCUAGUCCAAUAUAUUAUCCAGAUGAAAUAAAAAAUAUUGCUGUUGAAAUUAGAGAAGAAACUUCAACUAGACUUCGUAUACGAUUUACUGCGCCUUCACAACCAGACAGAUGGGAACCAUCUAUUCCGCUAGGAAAUGUAGACAAUACUCCUGUAAAAGAUUUGCAAUAUAAAGUUGAAAUGGAGAAAUCACCCUUUGGACUAAAGAUUUUGAGAAAUACUGAAGAGCAAGAUGUACUUUUGGACUCAACUGGACAGUUGGCUAGUUCAUUAAUAUUCUCAGAUCAGUUUUUGCAAAUUUCAUUUCGUGUAAACGCUCAAACAAGUUUUGGUCCUGGAGAAAUAGAGCAAAAAUAUCCAAACACCUUCGAUUCGUGGGUACGAUUAGCACUUUGGGGUCAUGAUGGAAACCCACAGUCGAAUGCGAAUCUGUAUGGGACUCAUAAUUUCUUUAUGGGUUUAAAAUAUGAUGGCAGUGCAUUCGGAGUCUUCUUCUUGAACAGCAAUGCACAGGAAGUAGCAACAACACCUCUACCAGCUAUCACAUACAGAACUAUUGGAGGGAUAUUAGAUUUCUUCGUGUUCACUGGACCGAAACCACUUGAUGUACUCAAUCAAUAUUAUGAUCUUAUUGGACAUCCACCGAUACCCCCAUAUUGGUCACUAGGAUUUCAUAUCUGCAGAUAUGGAAUGAAAAAUUUGGACGAAGUGAAAGAAGUUCUCAAACGAAAUGUGGAAGCUGGAAUUCCAAUAGAUGCUCAGUGGUUUGACAUUGAUUAUAUGGAUGCACACAAAAUAUGGUCGAUAGACACAAAACGAUUCGGUGGAAUGGACGUUUUUAUCAGGGAUGUUCUGCACAAGAAAUAUGGUAUGAAAACAGUGUUAAUCGUAGAUCCAGCUGUCAGCACGAAAGGUGGCACCGGAUAUCGUCCAUAUGAAGAUGGGAUGAGACAUGGUAUAUUCAUCAACGAUAGUCGAACUGGAACACCGAUUCUGGGCACCGUGUGGCCAGGCGAGACAGUCUUCCCCGAUUUCUCACACCCUUCUGCUGAACAAUGGUGGUUCGAAUCGGCAUCGGAUUUCCACAAAGUGGUUGAGUUCGAUGGUUUAUGGAUAGACAUGAAUGAACCAGCCAAUUUCAACUCUGGAUCACUCAGUGGCUGUCCAUCAGAGAACAAACUUGACAAUCCUCCCUAUGUUCCAAAGAUUCUUCAGAACUCGUUGUAUGACAAGACGAUCUGUCCGUCAGCCUUGCAUUACAACACAACACAUUAUAAUCUGCACAAUAUGUAUGGUUACUAUAUGGCUCGAGUAACGAAUAGAGUUUUGACUCGAAUGUUUCCUGAUAAACGACCUUUCAUAUUGACACGUUCAAGCUUUGCGGGUUCGGGGUUGUAUACCAUCCACUGGACUGGAGAUGUUUUAUCGAACUGGGAUAGUUUGAAAACUUCUGUGACGCAAAUCAUUAACUUCAACAUGUUUGGUAUUCCGAUGGUGGGUGCUGACAUAUGUGGAUUUACAGGAAAUACGACAGAGGAACUAUGUAUCCGAUGGAGUCAGUUAGGUGCUUUUUAUCCAUUUUCCCGGAACCAUAAUGAAGAUGAGGCUAUGGAUCAAGACCCUGCAUUUUGGAGUAAAGAAGCGACUGAUGCAAUCAAAGAUUCUUUGAAGCUAAGAUACCAUCUACUGCCUUAUAUAUACACUUUGUUUUACCGAUCAUACUUCAAUGGAACAACUGUGGCUCGUGCUCUCGCAUUCGAAUUCCCUGAAGACCUGGCCACGCAUAGAAUCAGUGCACAAUUCAUGCUCGGUUCCUGUAUUUUGGUCACUCCUGUGCUUGACGAGGGUCGAUCGUUUGUUGAGGGUUAUGUUCCAUCAGGAGAAUGGAUCAACCUAUCCACCGGUAAACGGUAUUUUAGUCGAGGUACUUGGAAAUAUUUCGAUGCUCCUUUGAAUGUGAUUCCGAUUUCAAUGCGUUGUGGCUGUAUAGCUCCUAUUCAGAUUGCUGCUGAAACUACGGAUAUCGCUCGUAAGAAAGGAUUUGGUUUAUUUGUGAUUUUGUCUUCAACUGAUGAUGGAAGCGAUUCUGCUGGUCGGAGAAUCACAGCAUCGGGUGAAUUGUUCUGGGACAAUGGAGAUGAUGCAAAAUUGAAUUAUGUACAUGUGAAAUUUGAAGUACGUGAUCGUAUGUUGACAGUGACUUCUACUCCUUCCAGUUCAGAAAGCUUAGCGAAAAUUGAUUUGAAAGAACUAGAUGUUAAGACUGUGCUUAUAGUUGGUUUCAUCAGAAAGCCUACGGAAAUUUUUGUAAAUAACAAACCGGUAGAUUUCAUGUUUGACAGUGACUUAGGAACUUGUAUAAUCAAAAAUCAGUCGAUUUUAACUCUAAGUAAACAAUCUACAAUCAAAUGGAAAUUUUGAUUAUCUUUAUCGUAUUAUUUUACAUUGAUCUACGUCGUUCGCUUAAUUAUAGAUAAAAUGUGUUUUGCGAAUUCGUUUCCUGGUAACAUUCGGAUAUUUUUUUGCGCCAUUUUAAAUUCAAAUUUCGAUUAACUAAAUACAAUUCAUCUUUUUUUAUUAUUGCCGUACAUUUAUCAUUAUUUCUUUUGUCAACUAGUUAACGUUUCGUUUCUCAACAGCUCUUUUGUCGUGCCUCUAAAUAUUUUUAAAUAAAGUCAAUAAGUGAUCAGUUAUGUUUUCUGAAAAGUAUGUCCUUAAAACACGACCAAGUUAUUAAAAUACAC